AUGAAUUUACACUUAGCAAAUUUCCACUAAACUUCAGACGCACAUAUUCAAUUAGGAUUUGUAUUCGGUAUGAAUUCUUAAAUAAGAACAAAUAUCUACUUCCUUGACGAAGAGAAAAUAAUAUACCCAGCAGGCCAUAACAUUGUUUAAUACCAUAUAUAAGACAAGAUUUAAGUAUAUUAUUACGGUUCUACCGAUUACAGAGGAAUAUCAUGUAUAGAAUUAUCUCCUAUGCACCGUUAAUUAGCCGUAGGAUUUAAAUCAUGCAAAUAAUCAACAUAGGGUGAUGACAAUUAUGAAAAUCCAUCAAUAAUAAUAUACGAUACGAUAACUUAAAGGAAAAAGCAUUAAUUAGUUUUUCGAGAAGAAAAGAUAAAAUAUUGGGUUUCGAUUGCUUUUCCUGAUUAAAAUAUGGAAUCGAAACAUAUUGUUUCUUUAUCAGGAAACUAUUUAACCGAAAGACACAAAGAAAAAGAUUCUAAAGAAAAAAAUCUUCCUACGACUCCAGAUGGAGAAAUAGUGGUAUGUUAUUGGGGAUUAUCUGGAAGUGGAAAAAUUCUUGCUUGGGUAAAGCUUUCUUUGGCUUCUAUAGAUGCUUUUGAGGUUAGUAUAUCUAAAAAAGAUUGUUCUUUAUUUACUUGCAUAGGCAAGAAGGUAUUUAAAUGUUUCAAAAAAAUAGAUACCGUUUCUGAUGAAAACAAUAAAAAAAAUAAAUCAACUCUAAAGGUAUAAUGUUAGUAAUUAAAUGGAGCCCCAACUGAACUUUCAUAAGAUUAUACUUGUCAUACAUGGCUUUAGAAAGAAAAUUCCAUAUUCCUAGUUGUUUGUACUGCUAAUGGAGAGAUUAUUUUAUGCGACGAAAAUGCUGAAUUUUUACAAGUAUUGAAAGAUUCACCUGUUAAUAGUUAAAAAUAAGCUUUUAGAAUUGAAUGUAUUAGCAGUUUUGGAAAAGGGUUCAUUAUAGGGGCUAAAGAUGCAACUAUAUUUGUAUAUAAAGGUACUGGGUGUGAUAUUAAUCCUUUUGAAGAAGUUUAAAAAAUAACUACUUUUUCUUAAUUGGGAGAUUUAAAGGAACAUUAUAUUACUGGAUUAUCUGUAUCGCCUAUUUCUGAGGAAAAACUAGUUUGUAGUCUAUCCACGAAUUCCAUUUAUUAAAUAAAAUUGAAAAAAGAUUAACUUUUUUAAAAUGAAUAGGAAUAAAUAGAAGCUAUUUCUUUAAAUUUUCAUUCAGGAGCGAUUAAUGGACUUGAUAUUUGCGCAAGAAAACCUUUAAUUGCUACUUGUGGUAAAGAUAGGACUAUUAAAGUUUGGAAUUUUGAAGAAAAAACAUUAGAACUAAGUUGGUAAUUUAAUGAAGAAGCUUUAUGCUUGGCAUUACAUCCUUCUGGAUUACAUAUGGUAGUUUGCUUUACAGAUAAAUUAAAGUGGAUGAAUAUCUGUUUACAUUAAUAGACGAAUUCCAAUAAAUAGAAACAUUAUAAAGAAAUUACUUAAUUUAAAUAAUGUAGAGAGAUUAGAUUUAGUAAUGGUGGUUAAUAUUUUGCUGCUAUAAAUGGUGCUUAAAGUUCUUAACUUAUUUAAAUUUUUAGAUUCUAUACUGGAGAAUAACCUCCUGAAUUAGUAUUUAAAGGACAUUAAAAUAAAGUAAAAUGUUUAACUUGGUCAAAAGACGAUUCUUUAUUAGCCUCUUGUGGUACAGAUGGUUUCAUUUAUAUAUGGCGAAUUGAUUCGGAUUAACCAGAUGCGAGAUUAUUCGAAUAUCCAAAUAAAAAUAUUUAAUUUAAUUGUGUUGCUUUAAAUAUAGAAACUUAAAUGAUAUACGGUUGUGCAAACGACAGGAAUCUAUAUUUAGGAUAUAUCUAUGAUUAGGGUUAAAACACAUAGAAAAUUAACCAGGAGGUUAUUUUAAAUUAAAUAGUCUUCCCUUCUUCUCAUAAAGUGCUUUUUGGUGGCAUAUAAGACCCUUAGAGGAGUUCAGGGGCUAUUAGAUGUAUUUUAUUUACGACAAAAAGUAAUAAUAAGUAUUAAGAUUAUGCAGCCCAUGAUGAAUAGGGAAUCGAAAAGUUGAGAGUUACAUAUGAUGAUAGAUAUUUAAUUACAGGAGGUAGAGAUGGGUGUGUAAUGGUGUUUUAGAUAAAAGAUAGGGAUUUGAGAGGGGUGAAAAUGUAGGAGGGAUAUGCAAAAUAUUCAGAAGAAAUUUUAGUUACGAGAUAGGACUUGGAUGAUUUGAAAGGGUAAAUAGAUAAUUUUUAAUCUUAAAUUAGUGAGUUUAAUACUUAGAAUAUUAAUAGUUAGUCUAAUUAGAAAGACGAGGAGAUUAAAUAACUUUAGGAAAGACUCUAGACUAGUAUGGAGUAUAAUAAGACGGCUUAUGAAUAAUUAGAAGAGAAAAAAAAAGAUAUAUAGAAAAAAUAUGAGGAAGAAAUUAAGAUUAUGAAAGAUAAAUAAGAAUAGGAAAUUCAGGAUUUAGAUACUAGUUAUUAAAGGAAAGUUAUGGAUGAAGUCGAGAGAUAUGAAAAAAAGUUCAAAUUCGUGCUUGAUCAUAAAAUAAAAGAACUUAAAAGAGAUAUAGGACCUAGAGAAGAUGAAAUUUUGAGAAUGAAAGAAGAUACAAAUGAAAUGGAUAAAUUAUUAAAAAAAUAUAAUUCAUAUAAUAAUUAUUUAGGAAAUGCCGUCGAUGAAUUAUAUACUGCUUAAGAAUUAAUGAAUUAAUAAAUAAAAGAUUAAAGAAAUACUAUUUCAACAUAAAAUACAAAAAUAAAGAGAUUUAAAGAUGAUAUAUAUAAGGCUGUUUAGUUUAUUUAAGAUUAUUAAAAAUUAUCUGAAAACAUACAAGAAUUAAAAGAAAAAUAUGUAUCUUAAGAUCUCUCUAAAACUACUAAUGAUGAUAAAAUAUAAAUAGAAUAAGCAUAAUAAAAAUAACAUUUAUAAUAAAAAGUUGAAAGACUAAAAAGAUAUUUAAAAUAAGAUAAUAAAAUUCAUAAAGAAUAUAAUUUAACAUUAAUGACUAAAAAUGUAAAAUUGAUUUCAGAAAUUAAUAAGUUAAGAAAAGAAGUUAAAGAAAUACAAAAAGGGGAAGGUGGGUAAGUUAAUUAUUAAGAUAGAUCAAGUAGUAAAGGAAAUAAUAGUAUUGGGAAAGUUAGAGCACAUACUGCAGGAGCUAGAUAAUCAAUUAAAUAUGGAUAAAAAUUAAAUGAUGAAAAUAAUUUUGAUCUUAUAAUUGACGAAAAAAAAAAAUUUCUUUAAUAAUAAAAUGAAUUAUUAGGAAAUCUUAAAAUGAAAUUGGAAAGUUUGAAAUAUGAAUAUGAAAAUAUUAAUUAAAUAUGA